AGCUGUCCUGGCUCAAGAAUAUCUGGGUGCGGUCCUGGGCGCACCGCUGCAUCGGGGUCGGGGCGGCUCCCUCCUUGCAAGCACUGGGCCACCAAUCGUCAAUGCCGCUCGGUCCCUCCGCCGUCGCUGGCCCCAAGGCCGGAACCAGGAGGUGGACCGCCACUGUCAUCUACGGUGGCGGGCCAGGGGGGCGCCCCGUGAAGCUCGCCUGCCGCAAGGCGGGCAGCGGCGUGACGUGCUGGGUGCGGGGCCGAAGCCCUGGGGGUUCACCCCGCCGCUGCCCCGAGGCGCUCGGGCUGCCGCCGCCGCCCCCUCCGGCGGCGGUGGCCUCGAGGAGGGGCCGCAGCCGGAGCCGCAGCCCCGGGCGGCGGCCUGGGCCGCAGGCGCCGCUCUCGGGGGCUCUCGCUGCUCUGCCCGCGCAGCCCCUCGUGCCCCACGCCCCGUUCGGCUUCGGGCUGUACCCUGCCUGGAUGUGCUGGCCCUCCCGCGAGCACGCGCAGGCGGCAGGAGGCCCGGCGGUCGCGGGCAGGGGCGGCGAGGAUGUCCGCAGGGCGCCGCCGUCGCCCGCCAGCAGCUCGGCCACGAGCUCGUCCUGCAGCAGCGGCCGUCCGCGCCGUGGCCGCUCGUCAGCGUCGUCGGCUUCGGCGCGGACCCCGCCCCGCGCGGGCGCAGGGGCGGCCGCCGGCGCGCCAGCGCCAGCGUCGCCGAGCGGCGGCGCCGACGCGCCUGCGGGGAAGUCCUCUGGUGCGCCGGGGCACGCGUGGCAGAGGCGGCAGCGCCUCAAAGAGCAGAGGCGGCAGUCAGGCCGCAGCGGAGGCGGCGCCGAUGUGGCGGCGGCCGCCGCGCCCCCGGGCAGUGACGCUGCCGCCGCGGCCUCCACGGCCGAGGGCGCCGCCGCCGCGGAGCCAGGCGCCCCGGGCGCGGCAGCCUCGGAGGCGCAGCAGCCGUCGGUGUUCGCCCCGCCGGGCCUCUCGGAGGCCAUGUGGGGUGGGAUGCCGCUGUGGGCCCACCCCUGGCCCGCGUGGGGCAUGUGCGCAGCGCCUCAUGCGGUGCCGGCGAUGCCGCCGCCGGCGAUGCCGCCGCCGCCGGCGAUGCCGCCGCCGCCGGCGAUGCCGCCGCCGCCGACGACAGCACCGCCCGCCGUUCCUCUGUGGGCCAAGGGGCUCCCCCCUGGCGUGGAGUUUCGGGCUCCAGUGUCGGCAGAGAGCCACAGCGCAACCGUGAGCCUGGACGCCAAGGCGGAGGACAAGCUCGUCGUCACACGCGACCCGACCUACUUCGCCCGCCAGCUCUGCCCGCAGGGAGGGGCUUCGGAGAGGGCGCACGAGGUGUACCGCGAGGUGUUCGUCGGCAACAUGAAGAACCUGGGGCAGAUCGACGCAGAGGAGGUGGCCGCAGCCUUUGACGGCAUGUUCUUGAGGCUGCCGGAGUUCCACUACUGGUACCCGCACUUGCCGUUCGCUGUCGAGAAGGUGAAACUUUCCAAAACCCUCAUGUCGGCCUUCGUGGAGUUCGCAGACCCGGUCCUGGCGAGCACGGCAGUACAGAUGCACCUGUUUCGGUUCCGAGAGCGCCCGCUGACCGUGCUGCGGCCCAAGCGAUACAAUGUUCCCAAUGAGGAAGAGGAGGCGGUCAGCCUCGACGUGACCCCGCUGCGUCGGAUGGGGCUGCUGCCCUCCCUGGACGACAUGCUGGACGGCUUUGAGCCGUCGGUCCGGAGGCGAUCGCUCUACAUCGGCAAUCUGGAACCCCCCGGGGUGACGAAGCAGGAGCUGAACGAGCUCCUGGAGUACGUCUGCGCCAACCUGCCCGAAUACGACCCCGCCUGCGGCAUGCUGCCGGUGCGGGACGUGGUCUUUCUCGGUCGGUAUGCCUUCGUGGAGCUGCAGAGCGAGCAGCUUGCCGAGGCGGCGCUGAAGGUGCUGGGAGACGUGGUGAUCCGAGGGUGGCCGCUCAGGGUCAUGCUCAAGCAGACAGUUCACCACCACAGCUGCGUCAACGAGCGUGAGCGGGCCGAGGCCACGUUCGGCCGGGGGGGCUGA